AUGUGGCAUAUAUUCAAGGUUGACGUGUCCAUUUGGCCUCCAGCACAACUGAUCUCAUUUUGGUUCUUACCGCCGCCCGUUCGGGUCGUCUAUGUGAAUAUUGUGUCAUUAAUUUAUAAUUGUAUCAUGUCCUACAUAAAAAACAACGAUGUAAGUGAAAUAAAAAAACUGGCAUGA